AUGUGGUUGCUCAAUACCACAACUCUCAAGUUGCGUCACUUCAUCACCAACAUACCCGACUACGUGAUUCUUUCCCACACCUGGGGUGAGGGUGAGGUCAGCUUCGUCGACAUCGCUCAGCCUUACGCAAAAGGUAUGACCGGCUAUUCCAAGAUAUCGCGAUGCUGCGUUCAAGCUCUGGAGGCUGGAUUUGAAUGGGCCUGGGUUGACACGUGCUGCAUUGACAAGCGAAGCAGUGCCGAGCUGUCAGAAGCCAUUAACUCGAUGUAUAAGUGGUAUUGGGAUGCCGCCAUCUGCUAUGUUCUCAUCUCAGACCGUUCGAUCAGACGCACAGAUCUUGAAUCAUCGCGGUGGUUCGAAAGAGGGUGGACGCUACAAGAGCUUCUCGCACCUGAUGCUGUAGAGUUCUUCGACUCGGAUUGGAAGUUUUUGGGCACGAGGACGGGUCUUGUAGAUCGAAUUUUCGCUGCGACCAAGAUUGACAAGCAAUAUCUACUCGACAGAACCGCUAUUGAAGAUGCCAGCCUAGCAACGAAAUUCAGCUGGGCCUCCGCUAGAAGAACGACACGCGAAGAAGAUAAGGCAUACUGCUUGCUUGGUCUUGUCCAGGUUAACAUGCCAAUGUUGUACGGAGAGGGCUCGGGCGCUUUCUACCGGUUGCAACUAGAAAUCAUCAAACAGACUAACGACCAUACAAUCUUCGCAUGGUCCUUCACUUAUCCUAUAAUGAGGUUUAUGAGCAUUUUCGCCCCUUCACCUGCACAGUUCGAGAAUGCGGCUGGCUUCCUGCCUAACACCACUCGGGAAAAACAGCCUGCAACUCACGAGAUGACCAAUCAGGGACUUAACAUUACCAUACCUUGCAUAAUUCAUCGGACCGGGGUUCUGGCGCUUUUGGAUUGUUCGGAUUCGACCGGAAAGCGUUUUGGAAUUGAGUUGGAAUCCACUGGUGUCUCAACAUACAGAAGACUAGACAAGCCUCUAGUGGAAGUCGCUCACAGGGAUGCGAAACAAGCCAAACCAAAAAAUAUCUAUCUC